CGCUCUCUAUAUUUACAUAUACAUUGGAGCUCAUAUGCAUUCAGAUACACGUACACACAAACGCAGAGAAGCUGCAAUGCGGUUCAGCCUAUAGAACUUUCUCUUUUCAGUUCUAAUCUCAGUCUCUCUCCCCUCAAUGGCGGUGGAUUCAAGCGCAGAGGAGGUGAGGUUCCUUCUGGACUGCGAUUUGUAUAGCCAAGAGGCCCCAAUUGUUACUGUGUUUCCUGAUGGAGGAACCAUCGACCAACAAUUUGAGCCGCUUUUAGAUCCAAAUCUAGCAAAAAAUACAGUGCCCGUUGAUACCCAAUCAAGUUGCCGAAGCCACAUCAAACAGAAGAUGAACAAUACGGAAAAUUAUGCGACAUAUGUGGAUGUGGAUAUUGAGAAAGGGAAGUUGGAGGUUCCUAAAGCUAAAUGUGCCGAAGAAACUGCUGGUAGUUUAAAGAUGGAAGAUUCUUUAGUAAGAAUACUGCAGAGAGAAAUUGCGUCACAACUGGGAGGAAAGUUCAUGCAACUGUUAAUGAAUAACAGCCUUGAGUUACCCAAGUUAAUUUCUAGAGAUAAAUGCGUGAACGAGAAAUCCUAUGAUAUGUCUACCAAUAGAUUGAGGAAAUACAAGCGCUCAGCCUCUUUCAAUUCAAGAAGAGUGGUUCUCCUAUUCUCAAUUCUGUCGAGCAUGGGAACACUCGUACUAAUAUAUCUGACGUUGAGAGUUAAACAGAUCGCUGAAAGUGGUAACGUGUGAUUGAACUUUGUAGUAAAAGAGGCUUGUUAGGAAUUUUUCUUUUCCCCAUUUCACUUUUUUUCUUUUUCAAGGUAGGUUUUUCUUUUAUUGUAUAUAUAUAAUAUAUAUAAUUCGAAUUUGAAAUUCAUGUAUUACACUUUUCGGUGUUCCCUUGUAGAUAAGCUCAUAAGCUAUCGGAUGUGCCUCCUAUUUAUUAUUAUUAU